GAUCCAGACGAUGGGUAUUGGGUUUAUAUUGGCUGAAUUUACCAGAGGGCAAGUGUGUGUGGUGGCCUCGACAGGCAGAGGAAGUUGUCAUUCUUGUCACGAUCCCCCCAUUAUUCUUGAAGAGUUUUUCCAGAUUAAUUUUAAAUUGGAAUGCUGUUUUUGCAUUUAUGACUUUGGCAGAGCUUUUUUGGGUUCGGCCAAAGUGCCGACAUUGAAAUCCAGCUGGAUGGCUCUGAUACCCGAAAAAUGGCAGAGAUGAAAACUGAAGAUGGCAAGAAGGAACGCUAUUUUCUUUAUUAUGAUGGAGAAAGUGUAUCUGGCAAGGUGAAUGUCACUCUUAAACGGCCUGGAGGCCGACUGGAACACCAAGGUGUGAAAAUUGAAUUUGUGGGUCAGAUUGAGCUUUACUAUGACCGAGGAAAUCACCAUGAAUUCACGUCUUUGGUGAAGGAGCUAGCAAGGCCUGGGGAACUCUCACAUAAUACCUCCUUUGACUUUGAAUUUAAUCAGGUGGAGAAACCCUAUGAGUCAUAUUCUGGAACAAAUGUUAGACUAAGAUACUUUUUAAGAGUAACAAUUGUCAGAAGAUUGUCAGACAUUGCACGGGAAAUGGAUUUACUAGUACAUACACUCUCAUCCUACCCGGAGAUGAACAACUCUAUAAAAAUGGAAGUUGGUAUUGAGGAUUGUUUACACAUAGAAUUUGAAUACAACAAAUCUAAGUAUCACCUAAAAGAUGUCAUUGUUGGCAAAAUCUAUUUUCUGUUAGUACGUAUUAAGAUCAAGCACAUGGAGAUAGCGAUCAUCAAGCGAGAGACUACAGGCUCAGGACCCAACACUUUCAAUGAGAAUGAAACUAUUGCCAAAUAUGAGAUAAUGGAUGGAGCUCCAGUGCGCGGUGAGAGCAUCCCAAUCAGAGUGUUUUUGGCUGGGUAUGACUUAACUCCAACAAUGAGAGACAUAAACAAGAAAUUCUCAGUUCGAUAUUACUUGAACCUGGUGUUGGUUGAUGAGGAGGAACGACGCUACUUCAAGCAGCAAGAAAUCACACUAUGGCGGAAGGGAGAGCGGUUACGACGCCCUCUACAACAGCAACUUAUGGCACAGCAACAAUCCCUACAGCAACUCUCACUAAGUAAUCAACAGGGAAAGUUCCCACAGUCACACCCCCAAGGCCAACCACCAGAAUUUGCACCCCAAAUGCCUUCUACGGGGGGUGAACCUCCAUCCCCACAACAGUCCCAGUCUCCCAUGCAUGAAGAGGCCCCAGAACAACUACCCACCAAUUCAUCUCCACAACCUAAUGCUAGACAACAGCACUCAUCAGCUACUCCCCCACAGACACAGCCAGAACAAGAGGCAGAUGAUGAUUUAAGUACUCCAAAACUGCCUUCCCCUCCCACGGAACCUCCAAACAGUAUUGAUUCUCCCGAGGAUGAAUUCUUGGAGGCCCAUGCCGACUCACUUUCUGACGAGGAGGACGUGGAAGAGCAGGAGUCAGUCAAACCUUCCUCUGGAGUAACACAAGAGCCUGUUCCAGUCGCUCAGUAGUAGACAAUCUCGUUACCAGGUAGAGACAGGUUGAGGGUAGGGGGAUGGGGUAAUUUAAGAUCCAGUAACAGGGUUGAUAUAUACCUGUUUUAUUUAUGCUCUGUUGAAUAUUGAUUUUCAUUGUUUAGUAUAUUGUUGUAAUCUUUCCAUAAUUAAAACAGGUGUGUUUACCAGAUUUUGGGUGACUAAACAAAUAUUCUAACCCUCAGAUACUGUAAUAUAUAUUCCAGUCUGGAAUUAUGACUCUUGUAAAAAUACUCUUAAUGAAGAGCUGAAGAACUGAAUAAUAAAUCAAUUUAAAAGGUUAAUUAACAUUCAGAUAUGGAGAUAAAGGAAUGUGUAUAUUUUUUAACUACAAUUUGUUUGUUGACAAGGAUUUAUAUCUGUCAAAUUCCUAUUUAUCCGUAUUGAGUUCCAUAACUAUGUAAUUUGAGUAAUUAGCAUCUGUUUCUCAAUCUAUGUAACCAGAAUAGUAAAUUAACACGUUGAAAAAACUGAAAGCUUUGAAAAGCUGUUUUUAUCUGGUAUUAUUAAUAUUUCUAGUUCUAUAGUUUAUUAUUUUGUGUAUAGUUUUAUAACCUUCAAGUCAAUUUGUGUUGCUACUUUAAAGACAUAGUGAAUAGCUUUUCUACUAUCUCAACCUGUAGAAGGUUGACACUACUCAGUCUUGGCUUGAGCUUAGCCAGAGCAUCAUUACAGGUACUGCCAGGCUUGCUGUUAAUUAUUGAGGGUUUAUUCUUAGCCAGAGAAGUGAAUUAGUCUUGGCUGUUAAUAACGAGUAGUGAAUUUUAAGGUUUUAUAAGAUCUGACUACGUAAUUAAAACCCAGUGUGUUUCUGUAUAUGUGCGUGUGUGUGUGUAUAUUAUAAUAUAUAUAUAUAUAUAUAUAUAUAUAUAUAUAUAUAUAUAUAUAUAUAUAUAUAUAUAUAUAUAUAUAUAUAUAUAUAUAUAUAUAUAUAUAUAUAUAUAUUAUAUACACAUAUAUAUACAGUAUAUAUAAUGUACAUACAAGCUAAUAGACCUAUGCUAACAGCACUCUUGGGUUUCUGAGUCUUCGUGGUAUUAAUGUGUGAAAGUAGUAAAGAUUUCUUGAAGGAAAUGAAAUUGCCAUAAAUAUGCAAUUUAUAUUUAUGCUGAUAAUAAUAAUCAUCUUCUUGGUAAAUUUAUUUAGACAGGUAAUUUCUUUUACAGAGGAUUUGUUAGUCACUUCUUUGUAAAAUUUAAUAAUUGUUAUAAAAAUUUAUACUUUGAAGUUUAUAACUAGACAUCUCAAUGCUGUAUUCUUAUUAUCUCGUAUAAUGAUGAACGUGGAUAGAAGAGACCUUUUGGGAUGCAAGUUAAAUUAUCAGUCAUCAGUUGCACUUUACGAAACACUAAACUUCCUUUUUUAAGACUAUUACAUUUCUGAACUUGUGGUUGCAUUUCUGUUAUUACCUUCCAAUGUCAUUUAUAUUUCUUAUCAAGAGUGUGCAGAUAUGCCAGGUGCUCUUGAUCCUUGUAUUGCCAGAAUAAUUGGAAUGCUGUUAAUUGUUAAAGAGCUUCAAUAUUGUCAUCCCAUAAUUUAGGGUUACCAGUUACGCUGCUUAUUUGUAAUUAAUGGCAUAGAGUUAACUGGUUUUCCUUGGUACAGAAGCGUAUGAGGACACAGGCGUAAAUUAGUGGUUUUCUUUACAGUUUCUCGCCGACUUUCAUAGAGAGCACAUAAUGUUCUGAUGUAGUCAUUCCAAUAUAUAUUUCUCCAUAUCUCUUGGCUGCUGUUAUUUUCGUUAAGUUUGUCUACUCAUUUUUAAUUUAGUUGAAUUUGUUACAAAUUUUAUUAAAAAGUAAGUUAAAUGCAGUGGUAAGUUUAUGAAGCAGUUUCUUUUUGCUCCACAAGAUUAGAACUUCUGGUUGGAGUUGUUUGUGACCUUCAUUGUACAGUAUAGUGUAUCAUUGUUUACAAUGUCACUGAUCAUUUUCUCUUUAAAGGGAUAAAACAGUUAUCUACAAAAAACUAUUAAAUCUGAGCAUUAUUGGUAAUGUGCCCUCUUUCUUUAUCUGUUUUUACAUAUGCAUUGUUUCUUGGUUAUUGAAGAUCUAUUUUAAUAUGAUUAUAUACCAAAUAUACAAUUUUUCUAAUCCUCUGACUUUUUAAAACUUUGAAAAAAAGGUCUGGACAUAUCUAUAAAUUGCAAAAUUGCUCUUGACACACAGUAUAGAUUAAGUACAUCAUUCACAUAAGCUUGAAGAAGAGUAAAAAAGAAAUCAAAUACCUUGUACUGUUAAAUGUUCCCGGUACAGCAAGACCUUUUGCCUGUUGACCAAUUAACAGUGAAGCAGCCUGACAUUAUCUGUCUCGUAAUAUAUCACCAGUAGAAUGACAUGUACAUACUCUUUAUAGUUAAUGGUAGACACAAACAUGCCUUGAACAAAACAGUGGUACAGUUAUUACUUGCUUACUAUACUUUAAAGGCAGUUUGGUAUCUGGAGGGCAGAAACAGUGGUGAUAGUUACAGAACUGAGAAAUACUUUUUUUUUUGGGGGGGAAGGGGUGUUUUGUGCCCUUUUAAAGGCUGCUAAUAUGCUCAUACUGUAGCUUUGCAUUCUCAGGAUUUUUUUUAAGCAAAAUAUUUAGAUGUGCAGCACCUAGAUACAAAAUUAAUCAUGAAGACAACACGGAAUUUUGUAUGAAAAAAUGGAUUUUGAUAUCACGCAAGAUUUAAGUGUAUUAUGACAAGUGUGUGAAAGAGCUUAUGCUACUGUUCAGAAUUCAAAUGAGAGAGUACCAAAAUUAUAUGAAUAAGAAUGAAGCAAAGAAAAUUACCAUUAAUUACCAUUGGUGUAUAGUUGAUGUACAAGCUUUGAAAAUAGUUAUAUUUUUUCUUAUCUUUUAAAGGGUAUAAUAAUUAAGAGAAUUUAUAUUUCUUCCUUAAAAAUAUUUUAUAUGAGCUGGACUAAGCACAUUAAGUUAGAUAAGGUAUAAUCAUUUAAAUACUAAAUCAUUACCAUAAAGAAAAGGCCUUUCCAUUAUUAUAUGGUCUUAUUGAUUUUUAUAUUUAAUAUAUAUAGCACAAUUGCGUAUUAAGAACCAGGUUUAAGUUUUUGCCAUUUACAGUAAGUAAUAUUUUGUGGCUGACUAUUCAAGAGUGCAUCUUAAAACUAAUAUACUGUAUUUAUUGUUUAGUUUAGAAUGAUAUUAAGAGACUUUGUAUUCUUCCUGUUUCAGUUCCAACCUCCCUUCCCCCUCUCCUUCUCUUCCUCCCUCCACCCCUCUCUCUCUAUUUUUUCUCUUCUCUCCUCUCUUUUCUCUCCCCUCUCUUCUCUUCUCUCUCUCUCUCUCUCUCAUUAUCUUCUCUCUCAUCUCUCUUUCUUUCAUUUCCCCCCACACUCCCCCCCUCCCUGCCCUGGUAUGUGACUCCGUCAUGCUAUAUUUGUGUUACACCUUAAAUGGUUUGCCAUUUGAUCACGCUUCCUUCAUUCUAAAACAGGGAAUUGUAAAUAUAUUCCAGAAGCCUUUAAUUGCAAUUGAAUUACAAUAUUUUAGCUAAGCAUCUGUGCCAUUUUAAGAAUAUUGGGAUCAUAUACUGUAUAAUAUAUUUGAAUAAGGAUAUUGCUUUGAUCACAUAGUACAUUCAGCUUGUUUUAAAUAAAUGUACUAUAAACUUUGUUUAAAUUUAUAUUACAUUUAAUAAGGUUUUUCUUUGAUCAAAUUAAACUUUGAAUACCCUUGAAGACCUUCAGGCAGAACACAGUAUUUAUAAUAAGUUUCAAAUUGCAUUGUGAUCCAGACAGACAAAGCAUUAUUAUUUCUUGUAAUUACUUCCCUUCUCAGACAGUUAAGUGGAAUUUUGAUAAGACUUUAAAUUUUUGACAGGACAAAUAAAUUCAUAUGUAUAAUAUGUGCAUAUGUACCCAGGAGCUAUAAUCCACUCACUGAAUACAUGUGAAUGUACAUAUGCAUAUAUGCAUGCAUGCAUGUAUUCAUGUAGGUGCAUAUAUCUGUACAUGCAUGUGCAAAAUCUGAGUGCAUGAUGUACACUUACAAACAACACAACACACAUUCACACACACGUGAACACCAAAACGACGACCCACCUUAUACCAACAUUUAAAUUUAAUCAUUAAAAAUGAAAAAUUGGUUGAUAUUUCAAAGAGAGGAGAAUAUUUCUAUUAAGAGUACUUUUUCUUGACCCUGCAGAAUUUUGACAUUUCUUAUAGUAAGUUAGCAUGUGUAAGUUUGUCAAUCGUAUACAGUACUGUAUUAUUAUGAAAUAUAUGUUUUGUACUAAACUGGGAAAUUGUAA